GUCAACGACGAGCUGAUGUCGCCGUACCGAAACAACAACGGUUCAGACACCUCCGAAACCGCGAGGGCGCAUCAUGAUCAUGUCAGCUACUCGGCGCCCUUUGGCCGCCAGAUGAAAAUCAUCUGCUGGCGCACAGUCCUCAAUCUCAUCCGCGACCCCCAGGCCUCCAUAGUGCAGACCCUUGUCUACCUCUUCUUCGCCGUCUCUAUGGGCGUUGUUUACUUCGGUCUGGACCGAUCCCUUGAGACGGGCCUGCAAAAUAGGGCCGGCCUCUUCUUCUUUGCCGCUCUUCAGGUGGUGUUCGUGAAUAUUGGAGCCAUCGAACUCUUCCUGAAGGAGCGUGCCAUAUUCAUACAUGAACAUUCCAGUGGCUAUUAUCGAGUAUCCGCCUACUUCCUGUCCAAAUUGAUUUGCGACGUGGUGCCGACAAAGGCUCUGCCUGUCUUGGUAUUCAUGCCCAUUACCUACUGGAUGGCAAAACUGGUACCAACCGUAGGGAGCUUUUUCUUCUUCGAGUUGAUUCUCACCUUGGGCACCUUCUCGGCCGCUGCGGCGGCUCUUUUUAUUAGCGCCAGCGUCACUACCUUCAGCAUAGCCAACGUCAUAAUCAGCAUUCUCUUCGUUUUUAUGAUGGUGUUUGGAGGCUACCUGAUCAACCUCAAUAGUAUGGGCGCCUGGCUAAGCUGGCUGCGAUAUUUCUCUAUCUUUCGAUACACUUUAGGUGGCCUACUUAUAAACGAAGUGGCCACUCUGGAGUUCUGCCCUUCGGUCAACAGAUCAACAGAGGGUUCUCCGGACCUGCGAACAUGUGAAUCAGGUGCGCAGUAUCUGCAGGAUAUGGCUCUGUCCAGUUCUACACCCUGGGACCUCUGGCUCAAUGCGGUCGGCCUCGCCAGCAUUGCAAUCGUCUGUCUAAUAUUGUGCUACAUCCAGUUGAGAAGGAUCAGCGUCUACAAAUAG